AUGGCCAGCGACCCUCCUGCACCGCGCGUUGUCGAGAUGGGAGCGCAGGUGCUAGUUGGCCGGACGAGGAGGAGCGCGGCGUCGGAUGUCAACCCCGGCCAUGCCACCGGCCAGGGGACGGGUGAGCCUGCCUGCGCUGCUGAAGAUGCGGCGCCGCAGACCACGGAGCAGCCUGCGGCUGCAGCUGUGCCUGUGAGCACCGAGGAGCCCCCUGCCGCGGCACCGACCACGGCGAGCAGCCCGGCCAGGGCUGAGGAGGCUACAGGGGCACCUCCCCCAGCGAACGCCACAGAAAGGGAGGGGAGAGCCCCAACCCCUCCUCCCGCCGAGCAAAGCGAAGUCCCCACGCCGCCCCGAGCAGGGGCCGCUUCGACUGCUGGAUCCCCGGGUCUGGCCCGGGGGCCAGUAAUGCCUUCGACUGCUACCGGGGGCAAUACGACGGUUGAGGAGGAAACCCAGGCAGCCUCCGACGACGAGUGCUCAAGGUGA